CUUGGACUGGACUGGCCAAGGCUCCUGAGGAGGCCUAAGGAAGUUUGGAAUCCUUCAUUGCUCCAUGAACCUUGAAACCGUUCACGAUUAAGAUCAUUUGUCCACAUUUUCAUUGCCAAUUCUAUGCACGUGAAUGCCUCUGGAGGCCUUUGAAUGACUGAAAUCAUGGCAGGUCCAGAAACUGAUGCCCAAUUCCAUUUCACUGGCAUCAAAAAAUAUUUCAACUCUUACACUCUCACAGGGAGAAUGAAUUGUGUUCUGGCCACGUAUGGAAGCAUUGCUUUGUUAGUCUUAUACUUCAAGUUAAGGUCUAAAAAAACUCCAGCUGUGAAAGCAACAUAAAUGGAUCCUAAACUGUACCUCAUCUGUUAAGUUCCCACGCCUGAAGAAGCUAAUGUCAGCUCAUCAUGUGAUACUCAAUUUGUACAAUAAAUUAUGAACCUGGAAAA